UCAGUUCAGUUCAUUUUAGCUCAUUUCAUUAAAUCAGAAUAGGUCCCAAAACCCUUACUCCGUACAUAAAUCUUAAAAACUUAAGUUAAGAAAUAACAUCUUAAAGGAAUUAAUAUUAAUAUAACUUCGUGUACUUCCCUUUUUUUUUUUUAAUCCCAAUACCCUUACUCCGACCCGACGGAAUAUUUAAAUUAAUACAUAUAAAACAAUCGAGUCUAAUUCAAUUCAAUCUGAAUUAUUUAUUUGGUUUCGAUCGAAUUAGACUUUAACUUUAAUUAGAAUUAGCAUGCACCCUUGGUCAAAGUCAAUAUAUGAAUAAUGUAAAAAUCAAAAAAAUAAAAUAAAAAAAAUCUAGCAUAAUUUUGUCCUCUCUAAAGGAUCAUCCAAAUGAAUCAAGAGUAAUUUAACUUUAAGUCGAAUUUCAUUGUCGAACUUGUAUGUAUAAAAUAUUAAAGGUAGGGACUACAUGAGAUUAAGGCUAUAUUAUUAGUUCAAAAACAUGCAAGUAUGAUAAGAUAAACCCCCCAUCAUUAUGGAAGGCCACCCUGGCUUCACAUGUUCAUUGGUCACCACAUUAGACCUCGAUUAUUUUUGCUAGUCUAACACUCUAUUAUAUUUUUAAUUUUAUUUUGUUUUGGUAACGGUAGUCUAAUUAUUAGGCCUUGAUGUUUGUAUAUAUACGUGACCACCCCAUAUCACAUUUGUAUAAUUAACCUUACAACAACAAAAAUAAAAUUUUUGUGUUUCUUUCUUAAGUAAAAUGGCUGGUUUCUUUCUUAAGCCAAGUACUCGAGGCCAUGCUAGAUCAAUUAGCUUACCGGCGAGAUCACAUCCUACCACCCUCAAAAUGGAAGAAGAACUUAACAAGCUUCGAAAUCUAGAAUUUUCUUCGUCGAAUUCAUUAGCAACAAAUAAACUAGGCCUUGCCAUAUCUGGCCUUGCGGAGCUCUACAAAUCUAUAGGAGAUCUUCUCAAAUUACCUCAAACACAAAAUGCCUUAGCCAAACACAACGAUUCCUCUUGGGUGGAUGAGCUCCUAGAGGAAUCGGUAUCAUUCCUUGAUGUAUGUGAACACACAAGGGAAAAUUUGUUCCUUUUAAGGGAAAGUAUAGGGAAGCUUCAAUCAAGUUUUAGGAGAAGAAAUAACAGUGGAGAAGUAGACAUCGAUGAUGAUGUUACUAAAUACGUUUCUUUUGUUAAGAAUUUAAAGAGAGAUAUGGGUAAAUCCCUUGUUUUUCUAAAACAAAUUGACAUCAAAUUGUCAGAAUCUUUGUUGUUUAACAAGGUGAACAAUGAUCAACACAUCGUUGCAGUGGUACGAGUUUUAAGGGAAUCGAGCUUGAUGUGUAGCACUAUUUUUAAGUCGAUUUUGGGAUACUUUUCGGGUACAGCUUUGCAGCCUAAGGCUAGCAAAUGGUCUUUAGUGCUAAAAGUUGUGCACAACAAAGGUCAUGUAGGAGAUGACCUUAAUGAUUUGGAGGAUGCAGAAAUCGCGCUUAAUAGCUUGAUUGUUCGAAAAUUGAGCAAGCAGGGUACGGGUAUGAUGAUUCAACUUGCAUGUAAAAAACUUCUAUCACUUGAUACAAGAACAGAAGAAAUCGAGAAGGAUCUCGAGUGCUUGUUUAGGCAAAUGAUACAUGCACGAGUUUCUCUCUUAAACAUACUCUCGGAUCAUUGAUUUAAUCAAUUAGGGAGCAAUAUGUUCUUGAUAAAGAUUACAAUAAUUUUUCUCUAGGAUGAAUUCUAUACACAGUAUCCAAUUUUUGGAGGAUCUGUUACACGAGUGUUUUUUUUUUUUUAAAAAAAAAAAAAAAAAGAAAAGUUAUUGUUAAGAUAAUUAUGUCAAUCAUGUACAUAAUACUCACUAGGAAAAAUGCAAAAGGAAAAAAAAGGAAAACUCCUUUGUAUUUUUCUAAUUGAUCGACAAGUUACAUGUAAACCUUUAGAGAAUUGCAUAGAUUUAUGCGUAUUCUAUUUCAUUGGCUAAUCUAUAUAAUA